AUGGACAUCAUGCUUAAACAAGAUAAGGUCCCCGGUCACAGUGAUGCUAUAUACGACACCGUGCCAAAAGAAGACCAGCUGUUGAAGGUUGAGUUCCUUGAGGUUGCCCCGACGCCUAUUGUCGCCGACCGCGUCUUCUUUGUCUACCUGCGCCGCUAUCUACCUGAGUCUAAAAAGGAGCUAGCACUUCUUGAUGAGGGCCUCGUCGAUGCAACCCUCUCUGUGAGCGGCUCUGGUUUCUACCCGGAUGGUAGCUACAUGGAACCAAGGUCCUUUACAAUACCGUUAAAAACUAUUUCCAUCAACGAUGCAGCCCAUUUCGUCAUUCGCGACUCCAAUGGCACUCAGGUUGAUUACCUACCAAGCAGCGGCCGCAGCGACGUAUUACUAGAUUUCCAGAUUCCUACUAUGUUUUUGAAGAGCGGUAUGUGGACGUUCAAGGUCGACGCCAGACUCGGAGAUAAAGACAAUACGUGCCUAUUUGCUAUGUCGUUGACACAAUGGUUAGACGGGGAGAUUUGA